CCAAUUUCUGCACAAAAUGAAAUAUGAAAUAGAGUCUGCCUUGACUGAAUUACACAUAUCAGAAGAAGGUAGCAGAAGGGGAAGGAUGGGCAGAAGGAGGUACAGCAAUGACGAUCAGACAGAGUUCAAGUCUAAGAACUUGUUUGCUGAAAGGAGGAGGAGGCAGAAGCUCAGUGACAGGCUGCUGGAACUACGUGCAUUAGUCCCUUUCAUCACAAAUAUGAACAAAGCAACUAUUAUCGAGGAUGCAAUUACAUACAUCCAGGACCUGCAGAUGAAUGUGGAGGUUCUUCAAGAACAGAUUUUCGAAAUGGAAGCAUCAUCUGAGGAGGAAGCAAAGCCAGGAACAGAAGAAACUUAUGCUGCAGACGAGAUGAAGAAAAGCGGGAUUCAGGCUGAGGUUGAAGCCGCCCAAAUUGAUGAGAACAAACUUUGGGUAAAGAUAGUCCUCGAGAAGAAAAGGGGUGGAUUCAGUAGACUGAUGGAGGCCAUGGGUGCUCUUGGAUUUGAACUCUUUGAUACAACUGUUACUUCCUCCAAAGGAGCAAUGCUUGUUUCAUCUUGUGUUAAGGGAAAAUAUGGUGAAAGGAUUCAAGUUCAGCACACCAGGGAGUUGCUGUUAGAGAUCAUUAACGGCAUAUAGAGCAAUUCAGAGUAUAACUGUUGAUCUUCAUCUAUACAAUUAAA